AUGCGCUCACAGCUCCUCGCGAGGGUUCCGCUCGGGUCGCUGCGCGGUCCCCAGAGGCCCCCUCGAUGCGUCGUCGAAGGCAGACGCAUCCGGCAGGCGGUGCGGGCGCGGGCCGCGGCGGACGUCACCGAGACUAAGCAGAAGAAGAAGCAGCAAAACCAGAAGGGGCAGAACAAGGGCGGGAAGGGCAAGGGAGGGGAUGGGGCGAUCACGCCGCGCUCCGUCGACCACUCGCAGUGGUACCUCGACGUGAUCAAGGUGUGCGACCUGUGCGACUACGGACCGGUCCGCGGAACCAUGGUGAUCAAGCCCUACGGGUACGCGCUGUGGGAGGGCGUGCAGUCCUGGCUAGACAGGCGCUUCAAGAAGCUGGGAGUCGAGAACUGCUAUUUCCCGCAGCUCAUCCCCAUGUCCUUCAUCGCCAAGGAGGCCGACCACGUCGAGGGCUUCGCGCCGGAGCUCGCGAUCGUCACCAAGGGCGGCGGGAAGGACCUCGAGGAGCCCCUCGUCGUCCGCCCGACCUCGGAGACCAUCGUCAACCACGAACUCGCCAAGUGGGUGCGCUCCUACCGCGACCUCCCCAUCCGCGUCAACCAGUGGGUCAACGUCCACCGCUGGGAGAUGCGCACGCGGCCCUUCCUCCGCACGCUCGAGUUCCUCUGGCAGGAGGGCCACACGGCGCACGCCACGCCGGAGGAGGCGGAGGAGCAGGCGCUGCAGAUGAUUCGCGUAUACGAGGAGUUCGCGCUGACUCAGGCGGCGAUCCCGGUGUUCGUGGGGCGGAAGAGCCCGCGCGAGACGUUCGCGGGCGCGGACCACACGUACACGAUCGAGGCGAUGAUGGGCGACGGGAAGGCGUUGCAGGCGGGGACGUCGCACAACUUGGGGCAGCAUUUCUCCAAGGCGUUCGGGAUCAAGUACCUGACCGAGGCCGGGGACGGGACGCAGGAGUUCGCGUGGCAGUCGUGCUGGGGCGUCUCGACGCGCUUCAUCGGCGGGCUGAUCAUGGCACACGGCGACGACCAGGGCCUGAAACUGCCGCCGAACCUCGCGCCGAUCCAGGUGGUGAUCGUGCCGGUCGCGGUGAAGAAGGAGGAGGACCGCGCCGCGGUGGAGGAGGCGUGCGCGGGCCUCGAGCGCGCCUGCGAGGACGCGGGCAUCCGCUGCAAGAUCGACACGCGUUACGACAAGAGCCCCGGGUUCAAGUUCGCGCACUGGGAGCAGCGCGGCGUGCCCGUGCGCGUGGAGGUCGGCCCGAAGGACGUGGAGAAGAACGCGUGCGUCGUCGCGCGCCGCGACGUGCCUGGGAAGGACGGAAAGGAGUUUGGCGUGCCGCAGGCCCCCACGGAGUUCAUUGCGCACGUGCGCGGGGUGCUGGAGUCGGUGCAGGAGGGCAUGCUGGCGGAGGCGCGGGCGUUCCGGGACGAGAACGUGGUGGACUGCGCGACGUACGAGGAUCUGGUGGCGACGGUGGAGGGCGGGAAGUGGGCGCGGGUGCCGUGGGGCGCGGACGACGACGCGGAGGCCAAGGUGCAGGAGGAGACGGGCGCGACGCUGCGGUGCUUCCCGCUCGAGCAGCCCGCGGAGCAGGGCAAGUGCGUCGUGACGGGGGAGCCCGCGCCCGUUGCGCUCUUCGCCAAGGCCUACUAG